CUAUAAACAGACGAAGAAGAAGUAUUCCGGAAGUAGCAGAUCUUUCAGACAGCACAAGGGCAGAGCGAUUUAUUUUUGUGUUAUUUCUGUAACAUUUCCUUCUGUUUGAGUUCAUUAAUUGAGAGUUAAUAUUUGUGUACCCGCUUCGAAUCUAGAGAUGGCUCCUAAAUCUCUGAGUCCUCUGGCCCUCAGGCUGAUGAAGGGGAUGAUCGCUCUGGAGCUGGUGGCCGUGUUUGGGAUGUACGGUCUCUUCCAAAAGAUGAACUACAGCCCAGAUUUCAGGAACACCGUGAACAGGAGGUUUCCUUCGAUCCUAGAACUUUACUACAAGUCCAACGAGAUGGCGGGCAUCCACGGGAUCCGAGAGAGUGACCACGAAGCCUGGUCGGCCAAACAGGAAUGAAGCCGUCAGACGGG